GCUGAUUAAGAGUGAGGAGCCGCCUUUUGCCUGAGCCACUACACUUUGUAAUGUCUGUGACUGCAGAAUGCACUGCUUCGUACGGCCCAAGUGCAGCGUUGCAUCGUACGACAUCGCGACGUCGGUGUGCAGCAUGACGUACGAACCUACUUCUGAAGUCACGAUAACACUUGCUCCCGGUGUCAUCAGCCUCUUCAAGUUCGUGUUGCAAGAGGUCUUCAUCACCAAAAACCUGACCCGUUACGGUACUCUAGACAUCCAGAAGAAGAUCUGCGACGCCGAACGCGGGGUACCGCUCAUCAUCAACACCGCGCAGCUGCGUCGACAAGCACAGCAACUCGUUACUGAACACGGCCUGCAGAACGGACCAUGGGGAUGGAACGGACUGUGGGGAAUUGGCCGUCGUGCUUGGCUCAGCGCCUACCGAACUCACUACAACGGAACCUACAACUGGCCCGACAACUCCCCUGUGAUUGGCAGCGUCUUCACUGCUGGCGACUUCGUUACAGAUGUAUUGCAGCUCAGCUACAGUUUGGCAGCUCAGCUCGCCGAGGGAGGAAAAAUUGUUAUGACUCCGACAAAUACAAUAUUCAGCGAAGAGUACCCAGUGUUAUGCAAGCGAAUUUAUUGAAAGCCUGUUAUAGUCGGGGGACUCGAUGCUUACUUUGGUUUCACCAGCACAGGACUUAACAACUCAAAAACAUCCGUUCAGCUUUAAUUGGACAGAAAUUUGUUGUUGCUAUUGAUUCAGGAUACUACAAAUUUUUUGGAACAGUUUAAGCAUCUAGAUGAUUCCCCAUGUUCCGAUAGUAUUCAAAACGCAGUCUGCACCUCCAGAGCCUGU